ACCUCACCACGCUUUUCUGUUACAGAGGAAGGAAACUGACGAAACUGAACGUCGCAGACUCUACUGUAGCUUUAUUCGGAGUUAAAUGAACGGAGUGGGACGGGUCGGCUCGUGGGUACGAUCAUGUGGACGUGGUAGCUCGACUCUGUUGAAAGAUCGUUUUAAACUUUAGGGUUUUUGCCUAAUUAUUCGUCGGUAUUCAUUUUUGACAAUUACCUCCAGAAAAGGAAGCGUGCGCAGAGCGGAUACACGCGCGUCUCUUCCGCACCGGAAACUCUCGAAAAGUUCUACAUUUUUUUUGGGGAGCUUUUUCUUACACUUAAAGAAUCUGUGUUUGGAAAUGCGGCGGUUUUCAUGAAGGACUACCUUUUUCCAUUCUUAAACUGAGUAUAAAGUGAAAACAACCGACGUCCGAUGGCUUCUCAGGGGCCGGGACGCAAAAGAACUCCUAAUAGAAACGCGGUUACUCCAGAGGAAGAUGCCCUGAAUGUUAUAGCACGAGAGGCUGAGGCCCGACUUGCAGCCAAGAGGGCCGCCAGGGCAGAGGCCCGUGAGAUCCGCAUGAAGGAGCUGGAGAGACAACAAAAAGAGAUAUAUCAGGUCCAGAAGAAAUACUACGGACUGGAAAACCUGGACAACAAAUGGGGGGACAUUGAACAGUGGAUGGAGGACAGUGAGCGGUAUACACGCCACUCACAGAGACAUGUUUCGGUGUCAGAUGAUGAAGAAUGUAUGUCGUUGGGGAGCAGGAGCAAUGUACGGUUGGAUUUGGAUUCAGUUGGUGCACAGACUGGGUUAUCCCAUACAUCUACGUUUAAUUCUCACAAGAACACAAAGAAGAAGAAAAAGAAGACGAAGAACUCUUCUGAUAUUAGUAACGGCUACGACAAUGAUUACAGAACGAAUUCCAGUCGGGGAUCUUUAUAUGAAAGCAGUCUCUGCAGUAGCUCUCUGCGCUCCAAUACUCGUACUUUGUCAGAGUAUAGUGGCCUAUUGGGCUCAAGCUCCAGAGCAUCAUCCAGAGCGAGUUCCAGAUGUGCUAGCCCAGUGGAAAAUAGCAGCAGCUCAGGGGCCAGUUUUUUACGAAAGGCAGCUAGCAGCAGUGGCCUCAGAGACUUGGAUCAUGUGACCAUUCCUGAUCUGCCAAAUUUGGAUGAGGGAUUGGACAGAGAUUUUUUCGAAAAGGGCCCCUCUCGAGCGUCUACUCUAUCCGCCGCCACUCUGACUUCACUGGGCGGGGCUUCCUCACGCAAAGGAAGUGACAGUUCCUCUGUCACUGCAGAUACAGAGACAUCCUUACAGGAUAUUAAGGAAAUUCAUGAACUGAAGGAUCAGAUCCAGGAUGUCGAGGCCAAAUACAUGCAGAGCCUCAAAGAACUCAAGGAUUCUUUGGCACAGAUGGAGGAGAAAUACCGCAAGGCCAUGGUGUCUAAUGCGCAGUUGGAUAAUGAGAAAUCUAAUCUGAUAUAUGAGGUGGAUACUUUGAAAGACUCGCUGAUGGAGCUAGAAGAGCUUCUUGCUGAGACUCGGCGAGAGUGUGAGGAGAAGAGUAAGGAUCUGGAGCGAGAGAAGCAUGCCCACAGUAUACUGCAGUUUCAGUUCAUCGAGCAAAAAGAAACACUGAAGCAAAGUGAAGAGCUGCUGACUGAGAUUCGUCAAUUACACUUCAAACAAGAGGGCUUUGUUAGGGAGAUUUCUGACCUGCAGGAAACUAUUGAAUGGAAGGAUAAGAAAAUUGGGGCCUUAGAGAAGCAGAAAGAGUAUUCUGAUGCCAUUCGAACUGAGCGGGAUGAGCUCAGGGAUGAGGUGGUUCAACUCAAAGACAUUUUAAAGAAACAUGGCAUUGUCCUUGGACCAGACCUGUGCACCAAUGGAGAAGUGGAAGGAAAUGUGAGCAGUGGGUCUGCCUGCACCGAACUGCAGCAUGGGAGCAGUGUAUUAGGCACUCAGGAGUUGCAGCUGUUUAGAGAUGAAAAUGUAGGGGGCUCCAGAGGUGGCCAGUUCCAACACCAACAGGAUUUUGACCAUGAAGUUCAAGAGAAUCACCUGCCUCCAUCUGUCUCUGGCAGUUCUUCUGAAUCUCCUGUAGUAGCACAUUAUAAUAAUGGGGGUUUUGGAAAUGAUUUCAAUAACAGCAUAGCAAAAAUUCAAAACAAUGUUGAAAAACCUCAGGCUGCGUGUGAGGGUAAAGCAGAGGAAAUUUCAAAAGAUAAUGUUAUUAUUGAAGGCAUGAGAACAGAUCAGCAAGAGAUUCCACUGCAUGAUAACAGAAGUGAGACUAUAAAAGAGGAAAAUCAAGAUUUCACAGAAAAACUCCCAUGUGAGAUAGCAGAAAAGGAUGUAGUCCACCUAGAUGAAACUGUAGUUGGAGAUUCUCAGAUCAAAAUGAUUUCUGACAGUUCACCAUCAGCAAAAAUAGACACAGCAUUGAAUUCCCAAAGUGCCAGUGUUUCAGGAAAAAAGAAGAAGAAAAAAAGGAAAAAUAAACAGAAACAAAAGCAGAGCUCCGAUGAAAAAGCAGUUCGUUCAGAAAUUGGGGAUGAGAAUGAAAACCAGCUCGCAGAGAGCAGUUCAGUUCAGACAGUAGAGGAAAACUCAGUAUGUUCAGAAGAAGCACCCAUAAAUGAGAAAGUACCAGAUAACAGGAAUGUUGAUGAAAACAUAGAGCUGAUGCACAAAGAAGCAGAAUCUCUAGAACUACAAAGACCUAAUACCGGCCCUGGAUCAAUCAGUAAUCAGACUGAUUGCAUGAGCAGCGCCGAUUUUUUCCGAACUGCGGACUCCGUAAAGGAAAUUAAGAUUGACGUCCCUGCUUACGACGAUCCGCUGGAAAGAACUACUGAAGAGUUAAAUGCCUCUAUUGGCAAAUACAAAAUCUUAAGCAACAAUGGUGAUGCUGAGCUGAAAGACAUUGUUGCCGUCUGUGCUGAUUUUCCUGAAUCUGGUUUUGAGGUAAGACCUGAGAAAGAGGAAACUGACACUACCUCAGAUGUAGUGGAAAUGGAAACAGUUGAUGGGAUGAUUCACCUUGAUAAAACAUACGCCCUUGCCGAAACAUCCACAGUCACGCAGCUGGAUGACGCUGUAAUUACAAAUGAAGUAUCCGAAGAGGGGCAAGAAAUAGCCACAGACACACAGCUGGAUGAUGCUUUAGUUACAGAUGAAAUGCAUGAAGAGGGGCAAGAAACAUCCACAGUCGCACAGCUGGAUGACGCUGUAAUUACAAAUGAAGUAUCUGAAGAGGGGCAAGUAAUAUCCACAGUCACACAGCUGGAUGACGCUGUAAUUACAAAUGAAGUAUCCGAAGAGGGGCAAGUAAUAUCCACAGUCACACAGCUGGAUGACGCUGUAAUUACAAAUGAAGUAUCCAAAGAGGGGCAAGUAAUAUCCACAGUCACACAGCUGGAUGAUGCUUUAGUUACAGAUAAAGUACACAAACUGGAGCAGGAUACUUCCACAGUCACACAGCUGGAUGACGCUGUAAUUACAAAUGAAGUAUCUGAAGAGGGGCAAGAAACAUCCACAGUCACACAGCUGGAUGAUGCUUUAGUUACAGAUAAAGUACCUGAAUUGGAGCAGGAUUCUUCCACAGUCACACAGCUGGAUGGCGUUUUAGUUACAGAUGAAGUGCCUGAACAGGGGCAAGAAAUAUCCACAGACACACAGCUGGAUGAUGCUUUAGUUACAGAUGAAAUACCUGAAGAGAGUCAAGAAAUAUCCACAGUCACACAGCUAGAUGAUGCUUUAGUUACAGAUGAAAUGCAUGAAGAGGGGCAAGAAACAUCCACAGUCACACAGCUGGAUGACGCUGUAAUUACAAAUGAAGUAUCCGAAGAGGGGCAAGAAAUAUCCACGGUCACACAGCUGGAUGAUGCUUUAGUUACAGAUAAAGUACCCGAAUUGGAGCAGGAUACUUCCACAGUCACACAGCUGGAUGGUGUUUUAGUUACAGAUAAAAUACCUGAAGAGAGGCAAGAAAUAUCCACAGUCACACAGCUGGAUGGUGUUUUAGUUACAGAUAAAAUACCUGAAGAGAGGCAAGAAAUUUCCACAGUCACACAGCUGGAUGGUGUUUUAGUUACAGAUGAAGUGCCUGAAGAGGAGCUCGAAACAUCUGCAGUUACACAGCUGAAUGAGGCUGUAGUUGCAGAUAAAGUACCUGAAAAGGAGCAAGAAACAUCUGCAGUCAAACAGCUGGAUGAUGGUUUAGUUACAGCUGAAGUACCUGAAGAGGAGCAAGAAACAUAUAAAGAGACACAGCUGGAUGACACUGUAGUUACAGAUGAAGCACCCAAAUUGGAGCAAGAAACAUCCACAGGCACACAGCUGGAUGACGUUUUAUUUACAGCUGAAGUGCCUGAAGUGGAGCUAGAAACAUCUGCAGUUACACAGCUGAAUGAGGCUGUAGUUGCAAAUAAAGUAGCUGAAAAGGAGCAAGAAACAUCUGCAGUCAAACAGCUGGAUGAUGGUUUAGUUACAGCUGAAGUACCUGAAGAGAAGCAAGAAUCACAGGAACCAACACAAAUAGAUCAGGAAUUCAAAGUAGAACAGGAUGAAGGUGAGGUAGAGUAUGGAGAAUCUUUUGAGUGUCAUCAAGAACACAAUAACAUUCCUGACCACAAGGUACAGACAGAUGAACAGAAUGUCUCAGCAGAGAUAGCGGGUGUAACUGCAGAGCAGAUAGCCACAACAGGGGGAAAUCAGAACGAAAGUCAGCAACACUCUUUAACAGGAUAUGAGGAACAAGGACCUGAAGGCUGCGAAGAAACGGGGCAUUUUGAGCACAGUGAAAGAGCCAAGCAGGAAACAAGUCCUAACGAUCUGCUUCCUGAGACACGAGAGUUAGAUGAGGUGGCUGAUGAUGUUGUUCUGCAAGAAGCAGGUCAGAAUAUGAGAGAGCAGGAAGUCAGUGAAGUCAAAGAGGGUACGUCUGAAACAAACAAGGAGGAUGCAAAAAGUGGCUCCAAAAAGGAAAGCAAGAAAGGGAAGGGGAAGAGUAAAGAGGACUGCAAAAUGUCCUAAUGCUGUGCCAAAGAAAAAGUGUGUCGCAAAAGUAAAUGUCUUAAAAUGUCUUGGAGCCCAACUAAAGUGCACUUCAAUGAAAAUUUGUUUGAAAAGUUUCUUCUACUGAGUCAUUUCAUGAAUGCAGAAAAAUCACACAAUGAGUAUUUAUUAAAUCGAGACCAAAAUUAUAUUUAAGAAAGGAAUAAUCUUGCCUUUGAACUUUGAACUCUUGUUGCACUUAUCUUAAAACACCGCGCAUUUCAUCCUUUAAGUGUUCUGCUGUAUGAUCGGUGUGUAAGAUUCCUAUAUCAGGAGUGUGUGAGAUGUAGACAUUUCUAAAAAAAAUGUCAGAUUGCAGGUUGAAAUGACUUGGAGUUCAAUGGUUUGUUUACUUUGCACUGUAGUUCACACAAUGUUUUGUCUCUAAAGAUUUAGCAUUUUGCUUUUUGCCUUUUCGUACACAAUGCAAUAAAAAUAAGGAUUUUUGCAGGAUUGCUUUUAGGGACUUUUGGCUUUUCACAUUAUACUGAUUUGUAUGUGCCAUAUUGAAAUAAAAGCUUCCUAAUGAAAUGUCCCUUAGAGAAUUUAACAUUCCAUUCACCGAGAUCACUUUUCAGUCUGAAACAUUCUGUAAGCAAUGUCAAAAGUCUUGCGAGAUUGUAUUGCCAUGAUGAAAGACCUUUAAAAUAAAGUAUUAUUAAUUUAAA